UUAUGUCACACUAAUUUUCUGCAUUAUGGUUCUUGAUCAUUUCCAGGAAACUGCAAAAGAGGAGGUAGACAAAAUUGUGGUUACUGAUGCACCACUUUUCUUUCCUCCUGGACAGCUGGCAUUGGCGGCUUUGCGUCAUGCUAAUGAGGUGCAUAGAGUUCUGGACUAUGAAAGAUACCUAGAGAACAUGCUCAUACGCCAAAAUUCCAUUCACAGCAGCACAGAGCUCAUUCAGCAUCUGAAUGUGAUAGAUUCCUCGGUUAGGACAUAUAAAUUCCCUUCUGAGAAAGUAAAGGUACUCAUCUAUAUAGCUAUUUUUCCUUUUAAACUGUGGAGUUGUCCUCUGGACUGAUUUUUGGGGUAUGUAUACAUUGCUAUGCAAAAAAACAUGGAUAGUAUCCUAUGAUAUUAACCGUUUUAAUGGCCAUUGUCAUACUGAGAGUGAAACGAAGUGAAGCUACUUACAAUCCUCUUGAAGUUAGAAAAGAUUAAAUCUAGAAACAAGACAGGAGCAAAUAUCCUAAAAUCUCUUCGGUUUCAUCAAUCAUAGAUACGUUGAUUCACAUGUUUUGUUUCCCAAUGCAGAAAACAAGUCUUUGGAGAGUCAAGUGGAGUAGCAGACAUACUUACAAUGAGCCCUGUCUUUGCUGACAACUCAGAAAGUGAAGUGGAUGCAGACACCGAGGAAGCGAGACUUAGUAAUUGAAAUGUAAACAUUGCCGAUACUGUAAAGGUAAGGAGCACAAAGUUGGGAGAAAAUGCUCCAGUAGUUGCUGUAGAAGGUUUGAAAGAUCACGAGGAUCAUCCUGCAGAGCAAACUGCGGAAUUCAAGAAAGCACAAAUUAAUUUUUUAAACAAGUCUCCGUUGAAAACCAAAGAAGACGGGGGAGCUGUCCUCAGAGUCACUGACGAUGAGCAUCCUGAGGACAUGGCUAUGUCAGAAUACUCCCAUGCUAUGGAACAUGAAGGGACAGACACACCAGACGACCAUGGCAUUGA